CAAGUGCUACAGCUAAACUACGCGCUGCAUUUAGGAGUAUUGGAGCAUCCGUACAGUUGUGAGCGAUAUCGCCACAGGUUUGUUUAACGGAAUUAAUGUAAUCUUGGCUGCUGUAAUUAGUCAUGUUAACACGCGUUAGAUGAAAUACUCUUUAUAGCUAUCCUAUAUACUGCACAAACUCCGUCUUGUCCAAGGCCAAGUUACUCAUCAGUUAUUUUGUCAAGCUUUAAAGCUAAUAAUCGCUAGCUAGGCACUCAUUGUGGUUAGACGUCUAGCAGAAUGGUAUUAUUGGGCACAGAGAACGGGAGCUCCGGAGGUGAAGGAGAGGAGGCGGACGUCAUUGUAAAAACUUGUGUGUUGAGCGGUUUCAGUGAGGGCGACGAGAUCCGUGCUCUCAUCUCCAGCCUCGCCCAGGUCCACGGGGACAUGAUGGCAAGCGAAUCUGCGACACAGAAGUUCUUAGUAAUAAUGAACAGGUAUCAAGAGCAGCCUCAUCUGUUGGACCCACAUUUAGAAUGGAUGUUGACCACGAUUUUAGAAAUAAUACGGGGUGAACAGUCGUCAUCUUCACUGGUCCAUUUGUGCUUCAAGUUUCUCUAUAUCUUGUGCAAGGUCAGAGGCUAUAAAAUCUUCAUGCAGCUUUUCCCUCAUGAGGUGGCCGAUGUCCAGCCAGUUUUAGACCUGAUGUCCAAGCAGGAUGCCACAGACUCUGAGACUUGGGAAACCCGCUACAUGUUGUUGUUGUGGAUGUCCAUGACGUGCCUCAUACCCUUUGACCUUUCUCGUCUGGAUGGUGAUCUUGAAUCAGAGGGUGGUAAAGCUACAGAAUCCAUCAUGGACCGUAUUCUAGCUAUUGCCAAGUUUUAUCUUGUUGUGAGUGACAGUCCCAGGGAUGCUGCAUCUGUACUGGUAUCAAAGUUUAUGACACGCCCUGAUGUGAAGCAGAAGCACCUCGGAGAGUUUUUAGACUGGAGUCUCGCCACUAUAUCCCAGACCAGUGCCCAUUCAAUGAGGGACAUUAUGGUGUUGGAUGGUGCUCUGCAGUCUCUGGCAAAGCUUUUCAAACAUGGAAAACGAGAUGACCUCCUACCGUAUGCUGCUACAGUUCUGCAGUGUUUGGAGCAAAAAAAUCUGUCAGAAAGCAGUGAGGCCAUGCUGAGGAAGCUGGGUGUCAAACUAAUCCAGAGGCUUGGCCUCAUCUUCCUGAAGCCGCGUUUGGCUGCUUGGAGGUACCAGAGAGGGUGUCGCUCCCUAGCUGCAAACCUUUCUAAUUCCUCAUCUAUUUCAACCGAUGUUGCUGUGACUCCUGAAGUAGAGAUACAAGAGCAAGAAGAUGACUAUGACAUUCCUGAGGAAGUGGAGACUGUUAUUGAGCAUCUGCUGGUGGGACUGAAAGAUAAGGAAACAAUUGUGCGCUGGUCUGCUGCAAAGGGUAUUGGGAGGGUGACUGGGAGGCUUCCCAAAGAGCUGGCAGAUGAAGUGGUUGGAUCAGUGCUGGACUGCUUCAGCUUCCAGGAAACAGACAAUGCUUGGCAUGGAGGCUGUUUGGCAUUGGCAGAACUGGGACGGAGGGGACUGUUGCUGCCUUCCAGAUUGCCAGAUGUUGUGCCACUCAUCAUCAAGUCCCUGACCUACGAGGAAAAGAGAGGAGCAUGCAGUGUGGGCUCCAAUGUGCGAGACGCUGCCUGCUAUGUGUGCUGGUCUUUUGCCAGGGCUUAUGAGCCCAAGGAGCUGAACCCUUUUGUCACUCAAAUUGCUAGUGCUUUGGUGAUCACAGCUGUGUUUGAUCGAAAUGUCAACUGCCGCAGAGCUGCCUCUGCUGCCUUCCAGGAAAAUGUCGGCAGACAGGGGACAUUUCCUCAUGGUAUUGACAUUUUAACAGCAGCAGACUACUUUGCUGUUGGAAAUCUCAAUAACUGCUAUCUGAACAUUAGUGUCUAUGUAGCUGGUUUCCCAGAGUACACGAAAUCCUUGAUAGACCAUUUAAUAACCAUGAAGAUCAACCACUGGGAUGGUGUUAUCCGAGAGCUUGCCACCAAAGCUCUCCACAACUUGACACCUCAAGCGCCUGAUUAUAUGGCUACAACAGUUUUACCCCUUCUGUUGCCCAUGGCUGUGGGUAUUGACCUCCAUGGUCGCCAUGGAGCCAUCCUAGCAUGUGGAGAGAUCACACAUGCUCUGUACAAAGUGGGCCUUCAAACCAACAGGGCUGUGGUGGACAUGAUUUCUCCAGAAUGUGUGGAUGCUUUGAAGAACAUUCACCACAGGCUGCAUGAAAGGAAACAAUACAGGGGUUUCGGUGGGCAGCUAAUGAGACCAGCAGUUUGCAGUCUUAUAGAAAAGCUGUCACUGUCCAAAAUGCCCUUUAAAAACGACCCUGUGAUCGCUGGCUGGCAGUGGGUUAUUGACGACACCAUACAGACGUUUCAUCUCAUUUCUGGCGGAGCGAAGGAUAGCGUCAUGGUUGCAGUGGUGUCAGCCUUGUCUGCCUUGUGUGAGGAGUACUACAAGGACAGUACAGGCCAGCCUGACUCAAACAUGCAGGAGGUCCUGGUAUCCCAGUACAUCGAAGGACUGAAGAGUCAACAGAUGUUCACUUGUUGUGGAUCUGCUCUUGCCCUCGGCUGUCUGCCAAGAUUUAUGAUCCACGGCAAACUGAAGCAGAUCUUUGAAGGUCUCCAGAAAAUGUGCACUCUCAGCCAGAAAGAUGGGACUUUUAUUGAGGCCAGGAGAGAUGCAGUCAGAUCAAUUGCUCAAGUGUGUGUGAACACAGGUGUUGGCACUCACGGCUCCCCAGACGCUGUUCUGUGCUCGGAGAAUGUGGCUCAAGUGUAUGGUACUCUGCUCAGUUGUAUGAAUGACUACACAACAGACAGCAGAGGGGACGUUGGGGCCUGGGUGAGAGAGGCAGCAAUGACUAGUCUGAUGGACCUGACUAUGCUGGUGGCCAGCAGUGCUCCAGAGAUCCUUUCACCAGACCUGGUGAGGUCUAUGAUGUGCUGCCUGGCCCAGCAGGCAGCUGAGAAAAUUGAUCGCUACAGAGCCCACGCUGGCAGCAUCUUCCUGCGCCUCCUUCACAGCACAGAACCUGCAGUUCCUCACAUACCUCACAGAGAGGAGCUGUUGAGCAUUUUACCUGUUGAGACCACAACAUCCCUGAACUGGAAUGCUCCAUCCCAAGCUUUCCCGUAUAUUGCUCAGCUGCUACGAUUGCCUGAGUAUCAGUAUCACGUCCUGCUGGGGCUCACCGUGUCUGUGGGAGGGAUCACCGAGUCCACAGUGCAUUUCUCUUCCCAAUCGCUUCUUGACCACCUGAAAAGGAUUCAGGCCAAUAGCGAUGCUCUGGCAAAGUUUGGAGACGUUAUGCUGAGCGUCUUCAGAAACAAUCUUCGCAAUGACAGGGUGUCUAUUCCUUUUCUUAAGAUGCUCAAUCAAAUGCUUUCCAAUGGCUGCUUUGAAAUCUUCACCACACAAGAGAAUCAUCAGUUCUGUGUGGACCUUCUGGAUCUUUGCAAAGAGUUCAAGAAGUCUAAAGAUAUUUCCAAGUUGCGUGCAUGCAUAGCCGUUUUCUGUGGGCUGAUCCAGUUCCAAGGUGAGGUCAGGAAGAAGGUUUUGUCCCAGCUGCUCAUGCUCCUCUGCCAUUCAUACCCUGUGAUAAGAAAAACCACAGCCAGUCAGAUGUAUGAGAUGCUCCUGAUCUACGACGAUGUCAUCGAUCCAGAGGUGCUGGAUGAUGUCACGACUUCACUCAGUGACACUAAUUGGGAGAGUGACCUUGCCACAGUACGGACACACAGGAAUCAGCUUUGUGAUUGGUUGGGAGUCCCCAGGCCACAGUUGGUUGCCAAGCAGGGCCCUGUCUAGGUUUCCUGAUCAGUGGCAGCUGUAAAAGCAGCAGGAGAUGACAAAGGUGGAUAACAUUCUGUAAGAAUUAAAAAAACAUUCCGCUGUCGUCAUCACGUAGUUUGUCCAUCUGUGGAAAAGUACAUGAAUCAGAUAAUAAAUGUAAAAAAGAAAAGAAAAAAUACUGUUGUUCACUUGUUUUGUAAGCAUUACAUACCUGCAUGAAAUGUUUCUUAGAAUUUCCUGUGCGUAACAGUGUCACAGUGUAAUGUUCCUUUCAAAGUGGUUUUAGUGAAGCUGUUUACUUGUAACCUGUACCUGGCACAAAACAGAUAGAUGAAACGUAAACUAGAGCCCGCAUGCACUUCAGAGAAAUCGUUGCUAUUUAGCCGUUUUGGCGCACUCAGUGGAAUGUCACUGAGACUCUCUGUUUCCCCUCGGGUCUCAUUCAGACCUUAUUUCUCUGCAUCGGUGGAGGUGCCAGGGGCUGGAUGAGUCUCAGGCCUGAUAGUGGAACCUCCUCUGGUUGCUUGUGGAACAGAGCCUGUUGUGUCACCAUUGGUCCAGACUUUCUCAUUAGAGCCUGAUAGUGGACGCAUUGUCUCAGAUGGCUUCAUUGACAAAGAUGCAAUUGUUGCAUUUUGGAAUGAGGUGGUUCUGAUUUCUAGUCAAAAGUCAAAAACUAGCUAAUCUAGUAAUCACUAUAUUGCAUUACAUUUUUUUCUGCAGUGUAUAAUGUGAUUAAUUUAACUAGAUUCUUCCUUUCCCAUGGAGACUAAAUGUAUUUUGACUUGAAAACAUGGGGUGGGAUAAAAACACAGGGCAACAUAAGGUUAAAAUGUCCAGUGUUUGACUUGCUGUGGACGUUGCUGUGGGCGCUGUCUAACAGGUUGGUAAAAAUAAAUCUCAACAUAUUUCAACUUAACACAGUUACGAUUUUUAGUUGUGGUCUUGUACAAACAAUUGCUCCUGUUCAGUGUCAUGAAUUUGGAAUAAAUAUCAAAUUAUUCAAGAUAGCUUCAUAACAAGUCAACAAGUGGAUCAGUUUGCCUUAUUGUUAUCUUGCCCGUUAACUUCCGAGUUAGUGUUUCUGACAAGUGGCUGAGCCUCUUACCGUGCUCAUGAACAAAGCCACAUGUCAUGCUUGCCCUCCACGGGUGUUGAUGUUUUCUUGGUCGUUCAAUAUUGCUGAAACCCAUAAUUCGACUUUAAUUAAUUCCCAGCCAAAUGGAAAUUCCUGCAGCUGCUAAUGAAAGAGGUUGUGUGUUUCUCUCAGGGCGGAUUGAUGGUAAAGUGAGCAGCUUUGGUACAGUGCUCGGGACGGAGAGGAAUGCUAAUAAUUCUAAAAGGCUUACAGUUCACCGGCAGUAUCCAUGGCAAUUCUUCACACACAAUGGUGGCCUUUUUUGAGCAGUGCUUAGGGGAGGAGGUUGCUCUCUCAUUGAAUCAGUUUGGUGUGAUAUUAGGAAAGAAGACCUUGUGCUUUCCACUGUUCUGGUUAUGAGAUUCAGUGGCAUCCAUCGUAGUUUGUCCAGGUGAAUAAUUACAGUGAAUAAUCACUACAUAUAGAAUGAGUAUACAUACAUAAUAAAGACUUUUAUUGCACAUAGUUUUAGGUCUUAUCCAGUCUUCCGUCUCAGUUCCGUGACAGUUGUUUCUCACUUUGUAAACUGUGAGCAUGUGACCUCUCUUUGUUCACUGCACUGGAGUAUUCAUUGAAACUGCAAAUGAUUCUAAUUAUAGCUCCUCCUCGUUGCCUGCAUCGUGUCACUGGGCCUGCAGGAAGACAGCGCGAGGGCUUGUUCAGUUUUUCUGAGAUCCAGGGUUUGUUAUCAACAUGACAGAAGCAUAAAUAAUCAAAUUCAGUUUUCUGUUACCCUUUCACUGUCGAUGACUCAGCCCAGGUGAACACAGAGCCUAAUGUCAGACUAAUUGCCCUCAGGAUUGUCUUUUUUUCAUUCAUUUCUGUUUUUUCCUUGCAUUGACUGAAUGCUCAGAGGUUACUGGAAAGUAAGCGCCAACUAAUAUAGUGUAGCAAAAUAUUAGCUGCUUUCAACGUUAAGAUGCAUUUCUCUGAUUUCAUUUCUCAAGUCGCGCUAUGAAUGAACACCCUUAGUACCGUGUUAUGUGUACCUUCACAUUUCGAUUGUACAAUCAAAGUACUUACAGACUGUUAAUAAAAUCCUAUAAAUCCAAUAAUGUCA